AUGUUAUCACGAAAGAACAAAGAUUUAAGAACAAUUAAAGAAGGUGUUGUAGGUAAAUAUGUCAAGAAAGAAACUCCACCUGAAAUGCCAAUCAUUAAUGUAUGGACUACUGAGCCUAAUAGAAGAAAUCGAAGACAACAUAAUCAACCAGCGAUUCCUGCUGCAAUGCCAGUACCACAACAACCGAGUAUGGUGCAAAAAUUUGGUAACACCAAGACAACGACAAGUGCUGUAGGUUUAGGAAGUCAUGAAGGAAAAUAUACACCAAAUAGCUCUGUUCCUGAUUUAGCUCAAAGGUUCGCUAGUUUGUCUGUUAAUCCAGGAGUUAUUGAAGGAGCUGUGUCCAGAACAGCUACUCCGUUAUAUCACCCAAGGUUAUCACCGACCAUAUCUUCCUCACAUACAUAUGUUAAUCAGUAUGCAGGUUCAGAGUAUCAUCUUGAUCGUGUUCAAACACCACAAUUGCCUUAUAUACCUUUUGAAAGUGACGUAGCUUAUGAUGAUUUCAAUAAAGCUUAUCAUAACCCUGGAUACAGUCGAGCGCAUUCAGAAAGAUCGAGCUCACGUAAUGAGCAACCAGCCGAGUUACCUCUUCCUCCCGGGUGGUCAGUUGAUUUUACACUGCGAGGAAGAAAGUAUUAUAUUGAUCAUAAUACUAAAACAACUCAUUGGUCUCAUCCGUUGGAAAAAGAAGGACUUCCCACUGGUUGGGAGAGAAUCGAGUCACCUGAAUAUGGUGUUUAUUAUGUCAAUCAUAUCACAAGGCAAGCACAAUAUGAGCAUCCUUGUUAUCCUACGGAACUACAACAGCAAGUAGGCAUUGUAUCACCACCACGGCAUACUCAUUUCCAUUCCCACAGUGUAUUAGUACCAGCAAACCCUUACUUGAAUGAAGAAAUACCUCAUUGGCUAUAUGUGUACAGCAGAGCAUCGAUAACACUUGAUAGAAAAUUACGAUGGGAAUUAUUCCGUUUGCCAGAACUCGAUUGUUUCAAUGCGAUGCUUACCAGACUUUAUAAGCAAGAAUUAGAGGAAGUUGUUAUGAGAUACGAAGAGUAUCGGUCAGCAUUGCUCUGUGAAAUGGAGCAAAGAUUGAAGGAGUUAAAUCCUGAGAAUGAAUCGUCAGCUGGUGCAGUUGCUCUACGACGAUCUUUGCCUUAA